CAAGCCCGUGGGGAGCAAAAAAUGACGGGUUAGCGGGGAUGUGCGCCGGCAUAAAAGCCAGCACUCGUUUUGUAUGCCCUUCAGAUGUGAGAUCUUGCAAAAGUCCAGGACGAGCGUUUUGAAAAGGCAUUCAUUCGCUUGUCACCGCUCGCCCCCGCAAUCCAUUCCCUCUUUCUUGAUUCCCUACAAAACUCCGUCAGUUAUGGCCGAAGUCGCCGCGCGCCUCAGCGCACACAUCUCCCCCAACGUGUCCUCCGAGAUCGACACCUCAAUCACCCCUCGCCGCUCCAUCAAUGGCGUCAGCGGCACCACCAAUGGCAUCGCCAGCGGCAAAGAGCCGCCGACGUUGCUUUCUGCACUUCGCGGCUCCCGCGCUGCGUUGGCGCGAUCUCAGUCGGAACUGCAGGAGUUGGAGGGCAAGGCGACACAGUUUGAUCGGAAUGAUGAGCAGGAGCAGGAGCAGGAUGCGGAGGACGACGGGAUUGUUACGAAUGGCGAUGACGAGGAUUUUAGUCAGGCGUUUAAAGAUAAGAUGAAGAAAUCGUCGAAGAAAAUGUUUGACAUGUUGCGAAAUGAAGCAAGCAUCAUCGAAGAAGGCGUCCAGAGAGCGGAAGGUGAAGUAAUCCGCCGCAUGCGUGAAGCCUUCCAACUCUCCCAAAACGACCGCUUGAUCAUGCGCGAGAUGGAACUCCAGGCCUCAGAGCUCAACACGAAGGACGCGGCGUUCAAGAACCAAAUGAAUUCGCGGGCCGAGCGCAAGGUGGGCAAGAUCGCCCAGCGCAAGAUCAUGCGCGACACCAAGGCGAGGGACACGCAGAUCAUCGCGCUCGAGUUGGCCAAUUCGCAGUUGGAUAUUGUGAAUGAAACCUUGAAGACGAAGAGGAAGUUGUAUGAUGCUAGGAUUGAGCAGAUUGAGAGCACGCACAGCAAGCAGCUUCGCCAGCUCCCGCAGGCCCAGCAACGCCGCCUUGCAUGCGACAAAGAACUGCUGCAGAUGGAGAUGCUGAACAUCAAGGACGAAGUUAUCCGGCAAAGCAUGCUCAAGAAGUUCCGCAUGCGCACCGUGCAUCAAAAAGCCACCGACAAACGCGUAACCGACCAACUCCUCGCCUUCCAAGCCGUCGAGCUCCGGCAAGCCAAAGAACGAUUCGAGCUCGGAGUCCAACAGUUCGAAGCCGAGCAGGAGAUCGUGGCCAAGGAUCUGCACAGCGUGAGCCAGUUGCAGGUGCAGCAGACCAGGGAGCUCAAUGCUGAGAAGGAGAGGUUGUUGGUGUUGCGCGAGACCACGAAGCUGAAGGUGAUGAAGAUGCAUCAUGAUGAGUAUAUGAAGCGCACGGGGCACAAUAAUCGGUUGAAGCUCCGGAAGAUGAAGUCGGCUUUUGAUAAAGACAUCAAAGCAGCCGCCGAAAUGGCCGGCGUAACAACAACCGGCUCCUCGGUCGGAGGCACCUCCAGCAACAGCCAAGCGCAAAGCGCCUUCCACAGCACGCUCCACAGCACGCUCCAUUCCGGGAUCGCCACCCCCACCAAAUCCCGCGGAAUGUCCCGCUCAGGCUCCGAGGACUCCAUCGCAACCGGCGACUCGCUCGUCUCCACGGACACGGCCAACACCGAGGACCUCAACGAGCUCAACGUCGACGCAGACGAAGACAUCGUCGCGCUGGUCGGGAGCAUCGCCACCAUGGUCACCGCGCAACGCCUCGCUCGGAGGGAGUUACGGAAGCUCAACAAGGCCGCCGCGACGAAAACGAUCAUGAUCGCUGAGGAACGCCGGAAGCAGCUGGCGAUGCAGCAUGGACCCGAGCUGGAGCAGCUGGUGAGGGCGCAGCAGCUGGAGUUGUCGACGGCGAGGGCCGUGCAGGAGAAGGAGAUUGCGAUGGAGGAGAGCGUGCAUGAUGCGGAGGCGAAUGCGCUUUUGGAGAGGAAGACGUUGAAUUAUGUGCUUAAUGCUGUCGGUGAUGGAAUCGUCAACAUGUCCCCCACGGGCCGCAUCACCCGCGUCAACCAAGCCACAGAGCUCAUGUUCGGCUACGACACCGACGACGUCAUCGGCCGCGACAUCCGCAUGCUGGUCCCCGUCGCAUGCCGCAAGAACGGGAAGGGAGUCGUCGUGGAGGGAAAGAGGAAGGACGGCAAGACGUUCCCGUGCCAUGUGGCGGUGUCGGAGGUGGUGGCGGAUGGUGUGCAUCUGUUUACGGGCAUUUUGAGGGAUGUGACGCAGGAGCGUACGGAACAAGCUCAUGCACAAGCCGUCGAGCGCGCUAGACAGGUCGAGCUCAUGGCCGCCAAGAACCAGGCCGACGAACUUCUCCAACGCAUGUUCCCCCCCACCGUCGCGCAACAACUCCUCUCCGGCGUCGUCGUCGACCCCGAAAACUUCGCCGGCGCUACCGUCUUCUUCUCCGACGUGGUCGGCUUCACCGAGAUCGCGUCGCGGUGCAGCGCGAUCCAGAUGGUGGAUUUCUUGAACGAUCUGUAUUCGGCGUUCGAUGGGAUCAUCAGUCUUUAUGAUGCUUACAAGGUUGAGACCAUCGGUGACUGCUACAUGGUAGUCUCGGGUUGCCCCAAACCCAACGGAGACCUGCACGCGGGCGAAAUCGCGCGCAUGGCUCUCCACCUGGUGUCAGCGGUGCAGAACAUCAAGUUCAAAGGGCAGCCGGACCUGAAGAUCCAGAUCCGGGUGGGGAUCUGCACGGGCCCUGUGGCGGCGGGGGUGGUGGGGAGCAAGAUGCCGCGGUAUUGUUUGUUUGGGAAUACGGUGAAUGUGGCGAGUCGGAUGGAGAGUAAUGGGAAAGCGAUGCACAUCCACUGCACAGAGUCAACAUUCACGGCCCUGCAACGGCUCGGCGGGUACAAUAUGCAGCUGCGCGGGUCGGUGGAUAUCAAGGGCAAGGGCAAGAUGCAGACGUAUUGGUUGACGGGGAAGGAGGGGUUUGAGCAUGGUGCGCCGACACCGACUGCGGAUUGAAUUGUGCGUCUUUAUGGCUUUUUUGGGACAUUUUCUCGUGACUUCUUCAGGUCUCUAUGGUUCUUUGCUUUUACCAAAUACAUCAAACUUUCAUAA